CAACGGACGCCCCCACGGCAUGGAAAAACGUGUCCACGGGAGUUAAAUAUUCUGGUUGACACUGGAAGCAGUAAUUUUGCAGUCGCAGGUGCCCCAACCCCUGAUGUAACAUCAUACUUCAAUACUGAGAAGUCGAGUACAUACAAAUCACAAGGCACUGAGGUCACUGUUCGGUAUACUCAAGGAAGUUGGGUAGGAGUGCUUGGCACUGACGUCAUUACUAUUCCAAAGGGAAUUAAUGGCACUUACACUGUCAACGUUGCUACUAUUCUGGAAUCGGAGAAUUUCUUUUUGCCGGAGGUUAAAUGGCAUGGGAUCCUUGGACUUGCCUAUGAUGCCUUAGCCAAGCCUUCAAGUUCUGUGGAGACGUUUUUUGAUUCCCUUGUGAGUCAAGCGAAGAUUCCCAACAUUUUCUCUCUGCAGAUGUGUGGUGCUGGAAUGCCUGUUUCUGGAAGUGGUACCAACGGAGGUAGUCUUGUCAUGGGUGGAAUUGAACCAAGUUUGUACAAGGGUGAUAUCUGGUACACGCCAAUAAAGGAAGAAUGGUAUUACCAGGUUGAAAUUCUCAAACUGGAGGUUGGAGGCCAGAACCUUAACUUGGACUGCAGAGAGUAUAAUGCAGACAAAGCAAUAGUAGACAGUGGCACUACUCUCCUCCGGCUGCCCCAGAAGGUCUUCAAUGCUGUGGUUGAAGCAAUUGUGCGCACAUCUCUGAUUCAAACAUUCUCUUCUGGUUUCUGGACUGGUUCCCAGCUUGCAUGCUGGGAUAAAACUGAAACACCAUGGUCCUUAUUUCCUAAACUUUCUAUCUACCUGAGAGAUGAAAACUCUAGCAGAUCAUUUCGGAUCACUAUCCUACCACAGCUUUAUAUUCAACCCCUGCUUGGGAUUGGACAGAAUUUAGAAUGCUACCGGUUUGGCAUCUCUUCCUCCACCAAUGCCCUGGUUAUUGGUGCUACAGUUAUGGAGGGCUUCUAUGUUAUCUUUGACAGGGCUCACAAGAGAGUGGGCUUUGCAGUUAGUCCAUGCGCAGAGGUUGGUGGCUCUCCAGUAUCUGAGAUUGAAGGCCCUUUCACAACAGCAGAUAUAGCAAGCAACUGUGUCUCCACAGUGACCUUCCAUGAACCGAUGUUAUGGAUUAUCUCCUAUGCUCUCAUGAGUUUAUGUGGAAUCAUCCUCCUUGUCUUGAUAAUCUUACUGCUUCUUCCACCUCGCUGUCAGCAUCGCUACACUGAUAAUGAUGUAGUCAAUGAUGAGUCGUCAUUAGUGCGUCAUCGAUGGAAAUGAGGAGUUUGAUGAAAGUCAAGUAACUUUGGAUUCUGUUAACACAAUGAAGGAUAAAGUUUCCAAUCAUGGAGAGAAAGCCAAGGCCUUAUACUUUAGUCUCAAAUCACUGUUCCUAGUGCUGGAUACGCUCCAGGCAUAUUGCAUCAUAACUUUUAAGCUUUAUUUUCUAACACUGAUUCUGAACCAAAACCUUAUAACCAUUCUCAAGUGCUACCUUAACUGGUUCUGCUCCUCAAUAGUACAGCUGAAUCGUUAAGUUCUCCGCAGUGGUUUUUUUUUUUUAAACAUUGUGUUCUUCCAUCAGAUGAACAAAGUUGCUCAUCCCUUCUUCACAAGAAGAAAAGAACCAUUAAGUAUCUAACAUUAAUCAAGCCUUGAAUGUAGAAAAAACCUUAAUUUUAUUGAUUUUUCUUAUUAAUCACAUUAAAGAAAUACUAUUUUUUACUGUUUACAGCAAUUAAUUUUGAAAUAGUGCUCACAAUGUAGGGAAGAGGGAAAGAAGAGUGGUGAAUAGCAGACGGAAACAAGUGAGGCCAAGAAGAUAUUUUAGUUUGCCAAAAAAACCAAACUCCUGUUGUCCAUUUGAGUGCAUUUUCCUUCGUAGGCCAUCCUUCCUAAACAGAUUGAAGAGGAAAAUUGGGAAAUCAAAACUAUUCAAUCUUAGUAUAGAACAAGACUACCUCUGUUAGUUUAUAAGGAUACUUAUUGUUGGUAUGUUUGGCAGACACAAAACUGCCCUUAAACCACAAGAAAUCUCCAACCACAAGAUGUAUUUCCUUGACUCCCAAAUAGUCAUUGCUUAAUCUUCAUUUUAUAAAAUAGUUUGCCACUUAAACACGGUAAGGUAUGUCAGUUCAGCUCUGGCAUGUCCAUCUUAGUGAAAAAUAUAUUGAUGGUGUUAGGAAUGCUAGGUAAGACUGAAAACUACUGUCUGGUACACCUAAAAAGCACACUAAAAAACCACUUUGGAUCAGAGUAUUAUCUCAGUUGUACAAGUAUAAAUCUGGAGUUUAACAGAGAUUAGAAUGUGGCCUUGUAUUCAAAUAUUGAUGAGUAUUUUCUUAGUGGUAAGCCAUUGUUGCAGGAGCUCUACCUUGGUUUCCUUAGAGUUCUUGCGUAGUCAGUGGAAAAAAGGAACAGUGUUAGGCUCAGAAAUUAAGUUAAUUACACUUUUUUAAACACCUACAUUUUGCAGCCUGGCUUAAAGUGCCUCUUAUGGGGUUUAGCUAGAUUUCAUAUAGCUAGAUUUUAGUCUUGCAUCUGAAAGUGCUUUUCUUGGAAUGAGGAACAGGAAAUUUCAGUGCGUGUCUUGUUUCAGGUUUUAAAAUCUGGGUAGCAAGAAUGAGAAAAAUGUGUUAGUUUUAUUCUUAUUUUCAUAGAUUUCCCCUAUGCUAUUUAUCACUAUAAAUCCACACUAUAAAUUCUUUUUAUCUUGUUAAAAAAUGAAAGACUAUUUUUCCCUUUGUCAGUUCUAAUAUGAAGAUGAUGAAAAUCAUACGAGGAAAGCACUAUCUUUGUUUCUUCAUGCGAGCUGGGUAACAGUUUUUUUUUCUUUCACAUAUCAUGGCAGUUUUGUUACAUAGCAUACUCUCAGAUGAAAUUUACUGUUUGUUUUUCUUUGCACAAAAGUAGAAUAAAGUGUAUUGUGCCUGAUUCUCAGCACAAAGCUCCACAACUUCUGUUGAUUUCACCUAGUAUUGGGGUGCUCAGCACUUUUGAAAAUGAGGCCCUGUGUUUCUUUAUAAUUGAAAGUUCAUACUGUUGAAACAAAUUUGCAUGUGGAGCAUUGAGUGUAAACAUAAAAAAAUUCCUGUUUGGAGUUUCACCCAAAGCUUUUGCUUCAGAAAGAAUGGUGUUUAAUUUUUUUUUCGAUUCAGCCCCAUUUGACUUGGUACAUAGGAAUGUGAUUGAAAACAAUACCUUUUCAGUUUAAUAGGAAAAUAUAUUUAAUAUUCUUGCAUUUUGUUUUAAAGUGUGUGUGGGGGUGUGUACAGAGUCUAGCUUAAUAGUAUAGGGGAGAGUGGAACUCUCUUAAUUUGAGGGGUGGGAGACUGUAUGCCCUUAAAUAUUUUCACUUUAGUUUGCUGAUUACUGAGAAGGAUCUUAAGAAUCAAAUUAUUGAAUACAAUUCUUGCUAUAUUUUGUAUUGACAAUUUAGCUCCCUCCAAAGUAGUUCAAUAAACUAUUUUUAAUGCACUGUAUUUCGUAUAAAAACCCUUCAGUUUGUUUAAUUUUAAAUGUCAUCAGUCAAGACAUUAAUAGAAGUACUUGAAUUACAUACGCAAUAAUCCAGUAACAGAAAUUAAAUAAACAUUAAUACAUUGUGAGUUUUCAUGGCAUUCUUUGCCACUAAAAAUCUCUUAUGGUUAAAGUGCUGUUAGUUACAUCUGCUAGCUGCACAAACUUCAUCUUAGCUACUAAAUUGAUACUUACAGUGGCAGAUACUCAGGUGGGUAUUGCUUUGUUGCUCUGGCAACAGAAAAAGCAAUGGGAACUCUUGCAGGUUUCAGUUGUUAGCCAGCAGCACAUUAAGAAAAUAAUGCACUUGAGCAUUUUUCUAUGACAGAUGAAGCUCAAUGAUAGACUAAAAUCUUAGUCUUUCUUAUUCAGGAAGAUUUUUUCCAAUUUUGAAAUAGUGCCAUAAGGUAUUGAUACUCUUGUUGAUUUAUUUCAGGGAUAUUCAGAAAUUAAAGCACGCUUUCAAAAAUAAGGUUAAGGAAAAAUAAAUAUUUAUUUUCAGACAAUUUGACGCUUUUUAGAACAAUAACCAAAUAUACUCCAAAUGAUGGAGUAAUAGAUCAAUCAAUUCCAAUGCUCAGUUUCAGAUGCAAUGCAUCCCCAAAAUUAAUAUUAAAUGUAUUUACUAGACAAAUGUGGAAAAGUCCAUAAUUCAUUGCAUACAACUUCUUUAAUCAUUAAUAACGUUUACUGUUUCCUAAUGAAUUAGACAUGUGAGUAAAUUCAAGCUGCAGCAAAGCAUUCUGUUGCUCCAUGUUCAAUUUCAGGAAUCCUAUUUUGGACUACCUAUUUCAAGUCGGGCAGUGAAGAGAA